AUGCCUGCAUCCUGGUCUACUGCCGAGCUGGGAGUUCUGUAUCCCGGGGAUCAGCCGGUCCAUCUUCGAUAUCUCGACACAUCCGGUGACAAAACGGAUAGUUCCAACACCAUCAUCGCAUUGCAUGGUGUUGGCUUCAACUCGAACAUUUGGAACCGAUGGAUCCCACUCUUGGCUGACACGCGGUUGAUCGCCCUGAAUCGUCGUGGUUAUUCUGGAUCAGGACCUAUCCAUCAGCCAACCGGAACGACACCGCAAGACCCUACCGAGCCAUGGGGACGAUAUGUCCUCGAUCUGGUAGCCUUCAUCAAGUAUACCGCAGAGGUACUCAAGGUUCCCCCAAAGAGGAGCGACGGGACGGGAGGGAUCGUCUUGCUGGCAUGGUCGAAAGGCAACGGCCCGGCCAUCUCAUUUCUAGGCCUGCUUUCCCAAGGCAUCACGCCCCCUUUUGAACUGAACGGAAUUCCCCGAUCUGCGUUUGAACCAUACAUGGACGUGAUCAAAUCCCAUCUGAAGAGCGUGAUCCUGUUCGAGCCGCCCGGGGUGCUAGUCGGGAUCCCCCUGCCAGAGUCUAUCAGCGGGUUGUGGAAUAUGAACACCCCGCCGGAAGAGAGGGCCAAAGUGUUCAUGGCAGGCUGUAUCGGCUCGUUGCCGGAAGACGCUCAGCCAUGCGCGCAGCAAGCGGCUGCCAUUGGGGACACGCUCGCCACGGGGCUGGAUGGGGACAUCAUGCCUGCCCAAGAUAUGAAAGUUGUUGCACAGAUGGCGAAGAUCGCGCUGGAGAACAUCCCCCCUUGGCUCUCGGUGGGCUUGAUAUACGGAACCGGGACUUGGGAGACAUGUACCGACUGUGCGGCAUGGAUCACCCCUCUCUGGAAUGGGAAACCAAAUACUGCGAUCAAGAUCUUGCAAGGGACGGGCCAUUUUCUCAUGGCGACAGAUCCUGAGGUGUUCAACACCGCUGUGGGGGGUAUGAUGAAGCAGCUUGAGGGGCUAGCACAGAAUCCGCGGUCUGCGUGAAAGAGGGGUUUGAUGUAGGAUGUAUUGGGCUGCAAUACGUAUGACGUAUGACU